UUCGAUCGACUUCUUUCGUGACCGACUAAUUCAGCAGCCACGAAAUUCGAACACACCCACCGUUAUCUCUCUCUUUCAAUCACCAAGCAAUAAGCAUAAGUUUCACACUUUUAGGUUUCAUAUGAUCAUAUUCAUCUAUGGUAUAUGAUAGUUAGGUAUUUCAUUUUCACUUCUCAUGAACAAGAUUCACUAGUGUAUAUAGAAUACAGAUGGCCGGACCGACUCGAAACGACGGUGAAUCGUCGGAGGCGGUGGGGAUUCCGACGGGUUUGAAUCGAAUUAAGACUCGUAUUACGUCUACUUCCAACGAUAACAAUCAGCUCAGCUCUAGUAAUUUCCAUAGUAAGUCUAUAGCUAGUCGUUUCAAGCAGAAUCAUCAGAGGUCUUUUUCCAAAGGAUUUGUGAAGCUUCAUUCUUCUAAAGAAGGAUUCCGUAAAGGGAAAAAAAUUGCUCGAUGGUUGACAUCUCAUCUUUCCAAGGAUUCUGAUAGAGCUCUUAGAGAUAAGCCUCCUGAAACUGAGGUGAGACUUCAUAAAAGACAACAUGAGGUCAAGGCAUUUGAUAAGGAAGCUGUUUCAAGUAAACAACAGAAGGUAAGAAGAUCCACAUUUGGAAAGCAAACUGAAGCAGGAAACAUAGAUAAAAUGCCAGAAGUGAUGAAAAGCUUUUCACAUGAACUCGGGCCUAAAGGUGGCAUUAGACCUUUAUACACACGAUCUCAUAGCUUUAGUGAUUUGAAGGAACUUUUGGGAUCAUUGAGGUCAAACUUCAAUGCUGCAAAAGAUUUGGUAAACACAGAGCUAGCAUGCUUCAAAGGGGAGGUGAUUGAGGUAUCACAAAAGUCAGAAACAUUAUCUUUAGAAGAUCAAAGAUCAAUUCAAGACCUUCUCAUUCUUUCUAAAGAAUGUAUAGAGAUGUCAUGCCAAGACUUCCGCACCAAAUGUGAAGCCAUUGUUCAAGAUUUAACAAAAAAGAGGCAAGAUUGCCAAACAGGCCCAUUGAAAUGGCUUUUUACUCGGAUGCUUUUUAUACUAACACGCUGCACAAGGUUGUUGCAUUUUGAGAAACACAGUGAGCAUAUUGAUGAGGUGUCCCUUCUUAAAAUGAAAGAAUGUUUGGAAAAGAUUCCUUCAUAUGAAAUGAGCCGGAUUUUAAAGUUAGGAAUCGUUGAUUCCCAUUCCGGAGAUGGUUUAAAUAAUAAGUUAUUGAAUAAUGAAAAAAAAUUACAUACACAAAAGGAGGAAUCCAUACCUAUAAGUGAUUCAAUAGAGAGAUUGCCACAAUUUGAAGAUUCGGGCGAUUUAGUAAUUUGUCGGAUAUGUGAGGAAUAUGUUCCAGCUUCACAUUUGGAGUCUCAUUCUUAUAUAUGCGCAUAUGCAGAAAAAUGUGAUAUAAAAGGUUCAGAUGUUAAUGAAAGCCUUUUAGGAUUAUCAGAGAUACUUGAUCAAAUCAUCAUAUCCUGCACUCCUGUAGAUGAUAGCCCUCAAAAUUCACAAUUUCAAAAUUUAGAUGGUUGCUCUCCUAAAAUGAGUGAGUGGAGAAACAAAGGGGUUGAAGGAAUGUUUGAGGAUCUUCAUGAAAUGGACACUGCAUGCAUAGAAGAUUCAACCCCUGGUACCUUUGUAAAUCUCAAAGGGUUUCCAGGUGUGAAAAGUCUAAAUGGCCCUCCCUCAUCCACAGGAAGCAUGACAUCAGCAUCUUCCACACCAAAAGCUGCAAACUUUGACUUCUUCUGGUUAGAGCUUAACCACCCUUCCGAAUUAGAGGAUGUUCAGCAGAUGACAGAUCUUAGGGACAUUGCUCAUUCUGCAGCAGAGACAGAUCUCAUGGAAGAAAGUUCACAUGAGGCCUUGCUUACAUGCAUGGAAGAUUUACAAGAUGUUUUACAACAUAGCAAGUUAAAAGCACUUGUUAUUGAUACAUUUGGUCAUCGAAUAGAAAAACUCAUUAGAGAGAAAUACAUAAUUGCAUGUGACUUAGAGAAUUCAAAUAGAAGAAUGAGUGAUGUUGUGGACACUGCAUCUCCAAGUAGUUCAGUUUCAACUCCUUCACAUUCUCUUCAUAAAGAGAGAACAAGCAUUGAAGAUUUUGAGAUUAUUAAACCAAUUAGUAGAGGAGCUUAUGGGAAAGUAUUUCUUGCACGUAAAAGAACAACUGGUGAUUUAUUUGCUAUAAAGAUUCUCAAGAAAAUGGACAUGCUAAGAAAAAAUGACAUUGAAAGGAUAGUUGCUGAACGUAAUAUAUUAAUCACAGUUCGAAACCCAUUUGUGGUUCGUUUUUUCUAUUCAUUUACAAGUAGAGACAAUCUUUAUUUAGUGAUGGAGUAUCUAAAUGGAGGUGAUCUGUUCUCUUUGCUAAGGAAUGUUGGUUGCCUUGAAGAAGAUAUAGCACGCAUUUACAUUGCAGAACUGGUUCUUGCUCUUGAAUACCUUCAUUCACUAGGCAUUGUACAUCGAGAUCUUAAACCUGACAAUAUAUUAAUCGCACAUGAUGGUCAUAUCAAGCUUACAGAUUUUGGGCUGUCUAAAAUUGGUCUAAUAAACAGUACGGAUGAUUUGACCAGACCAGAGUCAAAGGGUGUUAUUGUUUCAAAUGGUCAAAGCGUUGACCAUGAAUGGAGUGUUGAGAGAAGGGGGCGAUCAGCUGCUGUUGGCACACCUGAUUAUUUGGCCCCUGAAAUACUUCUUGGAACUGAACAUGGUUAUGCUGCUGACUGGUGGUCUGUUGGUGUUAUUUUAUUCGAAUUAUUAACAGGAACCCCACCUUUUAAUUCAGAUCAUCCAGAG